UAAUAAUAGUGGUAGCUGUAUUUAUUUAGGGAGAAAUCCUAAUGUUUAAGGGAAAUAUUUUAGGUGUAACAAAUGAAGUUAAACAAAUAGAACAGAGUUUCUAGAUCACAGCUGGUGCCUGUCUGAUCUGUGUGUUUUAGCUCUGUGCGGUUCGGUGUUAGAUUUCAUCUCCAGAUUUUUCCUCAUCCUCUGUCUCUGCUCCCCGCAGUGAGUCUCCCCGGCUGCAGCUCCUCAUUUCAUCCCGGCGCCCGCAGGAACAUCUCGCCCCUCUCUGCGCCUCUCUGGAGAAAUGUCAGACGUCGGCUCGGAUCAGGUCCGGACCGGAGAGCAGAACUGGAGCCGAACCGAGCCGAACCAACAGGAGGCCUCGGUUCCUCAGUCGCACACCGUGUUCGUGAUCCUGGACUCGGCUGAAACUCUCAACUUGGUCCAGAUGGAGUCUGGGAUUGUGGCCGACAUCGAGGUUGACAGUUUGAUUCCCACAGACAGUGACAUCUUCUACCAGAUCAAGAGCCAGCCAAUCAGCAUCAGCUCCUCUGCAGCAUCCCCCUCUUUGUCAUCUUCAUCGUCUCUUCCGUCGGUGAUGUCGUCCCGGGUUCUGAUGCGCCAGGGGCUGAUGCGGCAGCAGGCGCUGGAGGAGCAGCAGAAGGAGGCGCAGCAGCAGAGGGAGGCGCAGCGCUGCAGCGACUCCUCCUCCCCUAUCAGCCUGGCUAACUCCGCCCCCUGCACACCUGCCCAGGUUCCCGUGGAGGUGCUGAAGGUUCAGACUCACCUGGAGAACCCCACCAGGUACCACAUCCAGCAGGCCCAGAGGCAGCAGGUCCGCCAGUACCUGUCCAACACCAUGACAGCCAAUCAGCAGCCAGCGCUGCAGCCAAGCCCCUCCCCCCAGCAGGACUCUGGUGCCACGCUGUCCGAUGAGAGCAGCCCAAAGCAGGAGGUAACGACCAGAACCGGGCCGGCAGCAGCAGGUUUUGCAGUUGGUCCUGUGACGGCCAGCAGCCGGACAGGAAGCAGCGUCAGCUCAACAGGAAGCAGUGUCAGCUCAACAGGAAGCAGUGUCAGCUCUAACUGCUUCCUGUCUGGCUGCAGCUGCUGAGUCGGCACCUCCAGAGGAUCUGAGUCAGGCCGCAGGAAGCCAGGAAAACCACUUCCUGUUGGAGAUGGAGCUGCUGCUGCCGCACUC